AUGAACAAGCGGCAAGAAGUUCGGCGAGUGACUAUGGAGGAUUGUAUGGAGAGAUCAUUGGCACUUCUAUCCGAACGGGAAGGCCAGCUGGAGGGAAUUAUUGGACGCGACAUCGUUGACAGAAAUUUGGAAGCACUUGAAAAUGAUGAAAGUGCAAAAUGGAUUCCUUGGAAAAACGAGCUCAGUCAGACGGCAGUAUUGGUACAAAACAGUGGUACCCACUGGCACAGUGCAUUUGAUGAACUUGCACAGAAAGUAGCUAUUUUUGAUGCGCGGAUCGCACGGUUCAAGCGCUCGUUGGGUAAAUCUAAAAGAAAUGAGCAGCGGAUUUUGGCAAGGUUGGCUUCGUUCGCAAAAUGGUUAGAUUUAGCGGAAGAAGAUGCCGAUCGAGCAGAAGCAUGGCAUGACAAAGAAGAAAAGGUGGUGAGGUACGCGUUUUCUGGGAAGUUUUAA